CUGGUCGGUGCUUCUCUGUCCAUUUCAAUGGCCUAUUGCUUUCAUUGUUACCACCGCCUUUCCACCCUCUUAACACUGCUAUCAAAUCUCACAUCCCCCAUUUAUAUAUAAACCUCCAAAAGUGCAAACCAUUACCCCUUACACUAUACUUUGUCCUGUAACCCUCACUCUUCAAGAUUUUUCCUCGUAACAAUAUGAACCCAAAACAAGUAAAUGACUUGAAGGGUAAUGCUAAAGCCCCAGAGGGAACAACUGGUUUCUCUCCCAUUCAGUUGGGUUCUGAUGAAGCAUUUUCGUCAAGCUCUACUCUUCUAAUGGGGGAUGUUGGACUUUCUGGGUCUCUUCCUUUGUCUCCUCAUGAAGCAUUAUCAACCAUGAACCUGACAUCAAGCUCUAAGUUUGAGAGUGUGCCACAGCCUCUUGAAUGUUUGCAAGUGAACCCAGUUCCGCCAUUUCUGUCCAAAACUUUUGAUCUAGUGGAUGAUCCAUCGCUGGAUCCGAUUAUAUCCUGGGGCUCCACCGGUGAGAGUUUCACAGUGUGGGAUCCUACCCAAUUUGCAAGACACAUCUUGCCAAGGAAUUUCAAGCAUAACAAUUUCUCCAGUUUUGUUCGCCAGCUAAAUACUUAUGGAUUCCGCAAGAUUGACACUGAUAAGUGGGAGUUUUUUAAUGAAGCUUUCCAGCGAGGAAAGAGACAUCUUCUGAAGAACAUCCAAAGGCGCAAGUCACCUCAAUCCCAGGAUGUUAUUAGCUAUAUUGAUAUUGGGCCUUCCACUAAUGCAGAGAAGUCUGGUCUUGAGGUUGAGAUAGAAAGACUAAGGAAGGAGAGGAGUGUGUUAAUGCAAGAGGUGGUUGAAUUGCAGCAACAGCAGCAAACAACAGUUGAUCGUGCAAGACAAGUGAAUCAGAGGCUCCAAUUUGCAGAGCAGAUACAGAAACAAAUGGUUUCUUUCUUGGCAAAGUUAUUUGAAAACCCAGACUCUCUAACCCACAUUAAGCAUGAGAAGGAACAGAGAGAUAUAGGUUCUCCUAGAGGUAGAAGGAAGCUUAUCAAGCAGAACCAACGCCAAACAGGAAUCUCAGAUUCUUUGAAGAAAGUGCAGAUUGUGAGACACCAACCUAAUUGGAGAAACAUAACCAUCUCUUCUGAAAUACCAUAUCCAAAUCCAGUUUCCAUUGAACAAUCUCCUCAUUACCUUUCACAAGGUUUGGCAAGAGAAAUGAGUGAAGGUGCAAAGAAUCUGACUCUGCAGUUUGAAAAUGUUGUAUCAGAUGAAUUGGCUGUAAGUGUAACACAUGAGGUUAUGCCAACUUUUGACAUCAUAGGAAAAGGGUCAUCAAACUUUGGACUUGAAGAUCCCCUUUUCAAAGGAAAAAAUGUCAUGAGGCCAAAUCAAGAAGUUCUUGCAGGGAACAAGGAGAAAGAAUUUCUAAAGUUUUCGCCUCUUGGAACUGAAAGCAUCAUCAAGCAAGAAGAAGAUAUAUGGAACGCCAGCUUUAAUAUUAGAGGCACUCCUUCAAGCUCUGGUAAUGAACCGUGGGGAGAUCCAAUCAAUUAUGAAGUGCCAGAAUUUGGAGAUACAAGUGGAAUGGCAAACAUGUGGAAUAUUAGCUCUCUGCAAGCAAAAGGAAGUUUCCCAACUGAUGAAUCUCCUGACACAAAGUCAAGCUGA